UUAGUUCCGUACACACAAAAUAAAUAUCCAACUUAUAAUUAUGAGUUUGACGGCUUUUUUUCAUUUCAUUCUGUCAAAACAGAACGAUAUAUACAUGAAGGGCACCUGCAAGGCUUCAGGGCACAGUUUUAAAUCGCUCGGAACAUUUCGGCCAUGGCCGAGUUGUUACGAUUGUAUAACGAGGUCUAUCUCGAAGCUUUGUCGGAGGAGGCCGAGUUAUUACGAUUGUAUCGAGUUGUUCCCCUUCGCAUCAUUGUUUUCUGUGUCAGUCAACUUUCGUUUUAUUCGAAAGGCAUGCUAGGAUUCCAAAAGCAGAAGGCCGGCAUUGGCAGUAACAUGAUGCAAAGCUAUGUGGAGCGACAGCUUGGCUCGAUCCAUGGUGCCAGUGCACCAGCAAUGUCAAACUACAAGGAAAAGAUUGUCUCCUUUCUUCUGGGAGCAGUUGCAAUAACUCUGCUCCCUUAUUUUCACAUUGGUAUCUUCCAUCUGAAGUUUUGGGUUCCAGACAAAGCACCUGUAAUGAAGAACAACUGCACUUGCUCUUGUUUUGACACGGUCAUGAGAGGGGAAUAUGAAAAUCCAGGCAGGACACGAUACAAGCACAUUUACUUCAACGCAACAUGGCAGACGUUUCGAAUAUGGAUGUUCACAAUCGUAUUCGUUCUUCUAGCUUACGAGAGUAUUAAAUAUAUCAUUCCUUUGGUGAGAAAGCGCAAGUUUAGGACAAGCAUGUUUGUCCUUAAUCUCGUUAACAUCUACCCUCACUACUACUCAUGGUGGAGUUAUUUCAGCUACUACAAUGAAGACUUCUACCGCUAUUUCAAACACCAUAUGUGGUUCACAGUCACCGAAAUGAUCACCACGUGCAUUGUGUUGAAUCUCACAGACAUUAAGAAUGAGAUUGUGUCUUGGAAGAUUCUUGCCAUUGUCAGCAUAAAUGUUAUGCACAUUCUAGUCGGCGGAAUGGAUCAGUUUAUUUCUGAUGUGAUUUACGGCCAAGGUGCUAACUUCCACAAAGCUAGAAAUAUCGCUCUCAUGAUUCCGGACGUGAUGCACGUAGUCGUUCCCCUUUGGGAGCUCUUCAGGUUUGCAAAACGCAAGGACUUAAGAAUUAAUGAGCUCUGCUACAAAGAAGAAUUGUCGGCUUGUUUCGUGUUUGUGUGUCUAGGGACUCUUAUGGGUCGGUUAUUAUGAAGAAGAAGUUUGACUGUUACCAGUACUUAUAUGUUGUGCAUUCACAAAACACGUUGGUGUUACAUAUCAUUAUGGUUAAUCUGAUGCAUGUACAUACCGUAGUAUAUUGUAUGUAACCAAGAAGGUUUACACUCAUAUGAACAUAUGUUGCGAUAGGAUGUACAUUUCAUAUGUUUGUAUUUUAUAAGCUUAUAAGAGAUGCCGAACAAUACGAUAUUAUCGGAAUGUGUUCCUAGUUUUACACAGGUGUCAUACGACGGCUGACUGUUAAAAACGUUGGUCGAGUUUGACGUUUUGUUCCUAGAGACUCUUGUUAUUAUGGUAAAUUUAUUGCAAUGCUAAGAAUGUUGUUAGGUACUUGUAUGUGCCACACCAGUACACACAUUUUCACAUGUAGCAACAUGUAAUUAUUGUUUUAUAUCUAAUUUUACAGGUGUUUGCCUCAUAUAAAAUACAAUGUUUUUUUACAACUCAGAGGAUUUACAACUUGUUAUAUCUGAUUAUUAAGUAGGAACUGUUUAUCUCUGUGGCCUAAGGGAUCUUAAAUUUGCGGUUGUUAGGAGAGUAUAGUUAAAAGUGUUUGUGUCUUAUUGAGGUGUUACAUCAGGUACCAGUGAGACUAUAUCGUUUAAGUGGUUAUUAACUAGCUGUGAAGAACUAUGGUAUAGUCCUGAAGUCAUGUUAAAACUGUUACCCAUUUACACACUUUUUAAAGCAAUUUACAUUAUUUUUAUCAGCCGGUUACGCAUUCAUUUCAAGAGUCAGAUAUUAUCCCGUUUCAUUACAUAUAACGGAAAAUAUAUAGAUUAUUGCUGUUCGGUGAUACCCAGUUUAUUUACAUAUAGGAUCUGAGUGAAUUUAAUCAAGAAUGCUUUGUGUUGCUUAGUUAAAUAUGGCCAUGUUAAUAUAUGCAUGUGCCCAAUAGUAAUCACGCUGCCCGUCUGUGUGUCCCUCCAUGUUGUCGAUGUUUUUAAUAACUUUAAACCAUCAAGGUCAUGUAUUUAACCAUAGUAACGAAGCAAUGCUUCAUGGCAAGUGAUUUAACUCUCGCCUCAGUACUGUUAGAAGUAUAGCCUUUUUUAAAAGUCAAGAAAUGAAUUGAAAUUUCGUCACAGCCAGUGUAAUACAUUAAAGCUGCACUCUCACAGAUUGAACGUUUUGACAACUUUUAAUUUUUUGUCUUGAAACAAGCCAAUUUUUGCGAAAAUACAUGGAAACCAGUUAUUUAAGACUGCUGACAAAAAAUUAGAUCGCAUAUUUUUAGCUCGACUAUUCGAAGAAUAAGGGGAGCUAUACUACUCACUCUGGUGUCGGCGGCGUCGUCGGCGUCGGCGUUGGCUUCACACCUUGGUUAAGGUUUUGCAUGUAAGCACCUUUAAGUCUUUAUCUCAGUAAAUACAUCAGUUAUUGCAUUGCAACUUUGUAUAUGUAUUCCCAACUAACUUAAAUACUAAAUUAAUGAAGUAAGACAACAGUUAUUUGAAUAUUAUGCAAAAAAUAGGCCUUUAUUAUUCGACUUAGAAAUUCUGGUUAAGGUUUUGCGUGUAAGCACACAUAUGUUAAUAUCUCAGCAACUACUUGAGGUAUUGCAUUGAUACUUGAUGCAAUGGUACUCAACCAUCCAACCUACUAAAUUAACCAAGUUAGAUAACUCUAGUUUGCAUUUAAUGCAAAUAAAUGCCCUUUAUUAUUCUACUUAGAAAUUCUGGUUAAGGUUUUGCGUGCAAGCACACAUAGGUUAAUAUCUCAGCAACUGCUUGAGGUAUUGCAUUGAAACUUUAUACAAUGGUAGUCAACCAUUCAACCUACUUGAUUAACCAAGUUAGAUAACGCUAGUUUGUAUUUAAUGCAAAAUAAUUGCCCUUUAAUAUUUGACUUAGAAAUUCUGGUUAAGGUUUUGCACAUAACCACAUUUAAGUCAAUGUCUCAGCAAAUAUAUCAUGUAUUGCAUUGAAACAUUAGAUAUGUUAUUCCAGAUAACACUUUUUUGAAUAUAAUGCAAAUUAUGGGCCUUUAUUAUUUGACUUACACAUUCUGGUUAAGGUUUUGCAUGUAAGCACACAUAGGUUAAUAUCUCAGCAAUUACUUGAUGGAUUGCAUUUAGACUUUAUACAAUGGUACUCAACCAUCCAAUCUACUUAAAUAACCAAGUAAGAUAACUCCAGUUUGCAUUAAAUUAAAAUAAUGGCCCCUUUUUAUUUGACAUAGAAAUUCUGGUUAAGGUUUUGUAUGUAACCGCUUAAAAGUCAAUACCUCAGCCAAUACAUCAUAUAUUGCAUUGAAAUUUUACACACAGGCUACCAUCUAUUUAACAUUCUAAUUAAUCAAGUAAGAUAACUCUAUCUUUUUUAUAAUAUAUAAUUUUUGCCCCUUUAUUAUGCGACUUAGAGAUUCUGGCUAAGGUUUUGCAUGUUAGCACACAUAGGAUAAUAUCUCAGCAACUAUUUGAUGUAUCACAUUGAGACUUUAUACUAUGGUAUUCAACCACCCAACUUAACUGAAUAACCAAGUUAGAUAACUGUAUUUUGCAAAUAAAUGUCCUUUAUUAUUAGACUUAGAAAUUCUCGUUAAAAUUUUGCAUGGAACCACAUUUAUGUUAAUAUCUCAACACACCAUGUAUUGCAUUGAAAUCUAAUCUAACAGUGAUCCAUGCAUGUUUCUCCAAAACGUUUUAAUCCUUACAUUGAAAAGCGGCGGAAUAGUCGAGCGCGCUGUCACUGUGACAGCUCUUGUUAUAUUUAUGUUCAAAAAUUGAUGUUUCAUGCAUUUUACUUAAACCGUUGGUAACGGUUUAAGCCAUAAAACAUUAUUUUUUGAACGGAAAUAUGAACAUCUGCGAUCUCAUUUUUUGUCAGCAAUCUUUUAUUAUUGGUUUGCAGAUGUUUACACAACGAUUUGCUCAUUCAAAGACAAAAAAUAAAAAAAGAGUUGUAAAACGGUAAUUCUGUGAGUGUGCAGCUUUAAGGAUAAUUAUGUUAAAAAAUGUUUAAAAAUUGCCUUUCUUUAUAUAUUUUUUUAAAUACUUGAGUGCUACAUUUUGAAAGAAGCUCAUGUUAGUUAUGUUAGAAAUAUUGUUUAAAAGCAAUUAAAUGUUAAACUUUUGCACAUUUAAAGAGCAAAAAGUCUCUAAAAAUUAUAAAUUAUCCCUGUUCCUAAAUAACUUCCCUUCGAUUGAACUGUUUGAUCGCAUGCAAUUAUAUGACAUGAGUAUAGUUUUUAAGAAUGUGAAUUAAACUUCUAGAGUUAUUUGAUGGCGAUGUCGACUUUUCAAUUUUAAAGACGUUAUUUUGGUCACCUGUUGUUGCAUAGUUGUCUCCCAUGGCAAACAAGUAUGUUUAGUGGUGAGUGUAUAUAGGAAUCACCUUGUACCAUCCUUCCGUCGUCUGUUCAUUCUGGGAAAUCUGGACAAGUAUACUUUUCUUCGUAACUCCAUAUGUUUUUGAAGUAUUUACUUCAAGCUUUAAUCACGUAUUGGCUGUUUCAAGAUGCCCUAUAAAUAUCCUGUAAUUAAUCUAGCAACGGCCAACCUAACAGUCAACUCAAUAGUUGAUAAAAGUCACGGGGUUUUUCUUUUUAAAAAUAAAAAUGCCUAAUAUUACAGAUGUUAUAGUCCUUAUUUCUAUAUAAAAAACGUAGGAUCAUUAACUUAAUUGAUGCCUUCUCAUUAAGCAAACAAAGUGUAUUAAACUCAUAAUAAAAUGCACGAUUGCAUAAUACAGUUGAUGUUCUUCAACGUGUAAACACUGCUAAUAAGUUGUACAAAGUGCCUGGGCAUUAACUCUGUGACAAAAGCGUUUUUGAUUGUAUUACCCAUGUUCGAAGUACCUUCAUAGAGCUUCUUCUGUCUAUAAUUAUUGGGCACUUAUCUCAUUUUGUGGAUGAUAUCGUUUACAUAUCGGAUCUGAAGCUAUGUACUUUUAAAUGACUGUGUUUGGCAUAUCACAGAUAUGUGUUGAUGCCAAGAUGUAAUAUACAUAUCCGAUUCAAAUUGAAUUCGUUAUAGUCCUUUAGAUGUACAAUCGGUGCUUUUGGUGCAUGAUACGUGUUUACCAGUUAUAUAAUAGCUUACGGCGAAUUACCUUUUCAUAAAUAAUACAUAUUAGAAACACUGACAUGUUUUUUCUGUUACAAUACGAAGGCAUAUAUAGACCGUGAGUCUCUGUUUAUACUGAUGAUACAAUGAUAAUAACAGGGAAAAGCCAAGUAGCCUAACACUUAUAAAUAUUGCUGAAAGGCAAACAGCUAAAGCCUCACUGACACUGAAUGAGAGUCACACAAAACGUACGAACCAACACGGACGUACCACACCAGCAUCAAUAUAUCUGUAUCAGCCUAUGUUGUGGUAGUCUCCCUGGAAUGGUUAGCGAAACAGGAGUCCAUCUGGAGCCAAUUGUAUAAAAUUAGGAUAAGUUGUCCACAUGUUAUUUUUCGGCUUGUUUACUCUUUUAAAUGAUUUGAUUGGUUAGCAAUAACCAUUGGAUAAAUAUUGACCAAUCAAUGAACAUUUUGGAUAACGUUGACAAAACCGAUGUUAUACAGUAAGCUGCUGGGUUUUAAACCAUUUAUUGAGUACUAAACCUUAGACUUGUGGCAGCAUUUAUUAACAAAGUGUCUUAUAUUACAUGGAACCAAUCGAAGAGUUCACGAAUUAGAAUUAUAAAAGAUGACCAUAUUUUAUUUGAUAUAUAUAUAUAUAUAUAUAUAUCUUUACAAAAGUGUGCGAAGUGCCUUUUUAAUAAAGUAUAGUGUUACAAACUUAUUAAAAUGUUUGCUUAGUUUUUUGCAUUGUCUUAGAUUUUGAUAUAUUUCGCAUUACAUUCUACCUUUUAUUUGUUUACUUCUGACGUUCGGUGGAUGUUUUGUAUUGCAACUAUAAGUCUAACAAUAACAACUUAUUAAGAAUUAAUGCUUUUGUGCGUUUUGUGACAAAAUAUCAACGCCUGAAGCCAUGUUAUUGUAAGCCACCUUAUCGGCAAAACGUGGCAAUCCGUAAUUUAUCACAGAGACAGAAAACCUUGAUAAUAAGGUUACUUUGAAAAUGUCAUAUUUUGUAGGGCGAUUUUCUUCCAUUUCAUGAUAAACUUGUGAAAGAUUUUAUAUCAAACAUGUACUUUACAGGAAUUCUCAUGCGAUUGUUUCAUAAAUGAAUAAAGGUAAAAGGAAUAAACACAUGUACAAGAAA